AUGGACGAUCCCUUACAACAUCGCGCAGUAGUCAAAGAAGACAGUCUCACAACUAGAGUACGAAUAGUAUUCGAUGGCUCAGCUAAGACCCUCACAGAAAUCUCUCUAAAUGAAACUUUGAUGGUGGGGCCAACCAUUCACGAUGACAUUUUUUCAUUGAUUCUGAGAUUUAGACAGCAUCAGUAUGUCUUAACUGGAGAUAUUGAGAAGAUAUGUCGUCAAUUUCUCACUCUCAGCAGCUCCAUUUUUAGCUCUCCAAUCUUGCAACAGCUGGCACGUGAUUAUGCCAAACAAUAUCCAAAGGCAUCACAAGUAUUACUAAAUGACAUUUAUGUUGACGAUCUCAUAACUGGUUUCAAAACAAUAAAAGAAGCAAAAGAGGCACAAGAAGAAAUCAGUGAUCUGUUGAAAGAAGAAGGUUUAAAUCUUCGCCAGUUGGCGUCAAAUAUACCACAAGUUUUAGUAGGCAUUGCCCUAGAAAACAUUAAUCAAAGGCUGCAACUUACUGAUGACAAAACAUUAAAAACCUUGGGAAUAGUUUGGAACUCGAAGUCAGACACUAUACCAUAUACAGUAAAAACAAUCACCCCGAAAAAUUGUGUAACAAAACGCACCAUAUUAUCUGAAGUAGCUACUAUCUUUGAUCCACUGGGUCUAUUGGGACCAGUGAUUCUUAAGGCAAAAUCAAUUAUCCAAAAACUUUGGGUAGCCAAAGUUGACUGGGACGAAUCUAUUCCAAUCUGUAUUCAUACAUCCUGGGUUGAAUUUUGUAUUCAAUUACCGCAAAUCAAUCAAAUAACAUUCAAAAGAAAAAUAAUCAUAGACAAUCCAAUCGAUAACCAAAUACACGGCUUUUGCGACGCGAGCGAGACUGGCUACGGAGCCUGUAUAUACAUAAGAUCAGUUGAUGCCUUCGACCAAAGUCAAGUAAAUCUUCGUUGCUCUCGAUCUAGAGUUGCCCUAUUGAAAACAAUAAGUCUACCUAGAUUAGAGUUAUGUGGGGCAUACACUCUUAUGAGCCUAUACAAUGCAGUAAAACAAGCCAUUAAUAUCUCAGUGUCAAAGAAGAUCCUCUGGACUGACUCCGCGAUCACACUACAAUGGGUAAACACAGAACCCCAUACUCUUAAAACAUUUGUUUCUAAUCGAGUUGCAGCACACGCGCUCUCAAGAGGUCAAAAACCUGGUGAAUUUAUUCGCAACGUGAUGUGGCAACAUGAUCCAGACUGGCUGAAAGGUCCUGAACUCACAUGGCCAAUGAAUUCCAUUCCAGCAUGCACUGAAGAUUUUGAAAUCAAGAGAGCCACGUGUCUUACGAUGUCUCUUGAGAUGUAUCCUUUCGAAAAGUUUAAUUCACUCAUCAAACUUGCUCGAGUAUUUACAUUAUGUUUCAGGUUCAUAGAUUCUCUGAAACAUAGAAACAGCACAUUGGGAUCCGCAGACGCAAAGUCAUAA